CGAUAGUCGAUUUAUCAGUUCUAAGUUGCAUGUAAACAUAAACAUAAAAGCGUAGUAGAUACAAUACAAAUAUAAAUGUAAUAUGUUUGUGACAUUCUCUGUAGAGUUUGUUUCCAAGAAAUAUUUUAUUUUAAAUCUGCAUACGCUGCUCUUUAUUCAUUAAUUCAAGAAAUGUGUUGUCUGCUACGCGACUUACGAACACUAAACCAAAUUCUGCAUGUCAACGUUUCUACGAAAGGAAAUAGUGUAUUCAAGAACUGGUCGAGAUGCGUUUCUUAUGUGCAAGGGCAGUCACCAGAACCGAACAUAAGGGAAUAUUUUUACUACGUAGACCACCAAGGAAUGCUGUUCCUGGAUGACUCCAGAAUGAAGAAUUUCACUUCCUGUUUCAAAGACAAAAAGUUCCUGGAAUUCUUUUUUAAACGCCUGAGGAUGAAUACAACAGGGCGCUACACAGAAGACUUUCCUUACUUGUCACUUUGUGGUCGAGAACGAAAUUACGUGAGAUGUGAUGAUUAUCCAAUUGUAUUCACUCAUGUAAUGAAAGACGCGCAGAUGAAUAAUGUCUUAAGUUAUGGCCAUGCUGGAAAUUUACUGACAGUUAAGUUUGAACCUGAGAAAGUUAUAAUGCUGCCAGAGACUGGGCGUGUUUAUCAUCCCGCACCGGAAAGAGUCGGUGGUAUUGGCUUAAUUAGAUCCAAGUUAGCAAUUGAAUUAAGUAAGUUUUUUAUAUUUGAAAAUGGUGAGCAACAAGAACCAACACAUUUAUCAUGGGAUGGUAAGAUAUAUGAGUUAAUAACGGAUUGGUACAAAGAAGCAAAACAGCAGGAACUUGAGUGUUCAAAUUAGAAAGAAAUUGCUUCUAUGUCCGAACCAAAUUAGAUUGACACAAACAUAUAUAUUAUUGUGAGAGAAAUUACUGAAAUGUUCAAAUCCACUUCCAAAGACAAAUAUUUCUAGCAACUUGCCUGAUGCUGAAUAUGUCAUCAGGCUUGCUUGGGUUGGAAGAUAACUGAUUGUUUAGUGAGCUUCUUAGUUUAUUCAGAAAAUAAGAUGUAAAUUGCUUUAUACAAUAACUACUUCUUGUUACUUAGUACCUUUGGAGUAGCAACUCACCAGUUCAAUUGUUAGUUGGCAUUGUUUAGUCCAGUAUUUGUGAUUGUUAUUAACAUUGUUGUAUUUUUACAGAAUAAAGUUAUGUUUUUCCAAAAACUCCAUUGCAGAAUAAAGUUACCUUUUCCAAAAA